UAUCGACUCGAAGUCAUAAAUCAGACGAAGCAGUUGUUGCGGUUCUAUUGGGUAUGAGGCCAAUCUUUAUUUCAUGCUGUUCAACUAACAAAAGAGGGUAGAAGACCCUUGACUGCACGAAGUCACUUCAGUUGCUGUAGAAAAUUAAAAGACACAAAAAAAAUACAUGAAUUGUCAUCAUGUCGGAGAGAACAAAAGUCACCAAGGCAGAGCUUGAGAGAAAGCGGCUACGCCUUCAGCAGAUUAGAGAGGACAAGAAACGCAGAGAAGACGAUAAGAAGAAAGAGGCUGAGAAUGCAGCUAAAGCAGCAGCUGCUUCUCCUGCUGUCCCUGGGUCUGUGCUUGAUAAAAAGAGACAAGAAGCUGAUGACAUCUUGAGAGGUCUAGAUCUCCCAGAAUCAGCUCCUUUGGCAGUAAGUUCUCCUGCAGAAGCGAGUUCUCAGGAUUCAAGCGGAGAUGUCAAGCCAAGACUUAGUGUGAGUCCUAGUCACAAAACCACGAAGCUGACUGUAUCUAAGAUUACCCAAGCCGGGUUUCCUCCUAAAGAGAUGGUUACAUACUCCAAAGAGACUCAGACACCAACUGAAACUCCAGAUGAUGAAGGAGAUUAUGAAGAAGAUGAUGAGCCUAAAUCUGAGUCGGUAGAAGCAGUACAACCAGUUCCUGAAGUACCUCAACCUGAAGAGAAAGAAGAAGAGGAAAAACCGGAAGUUCCCAAGGAAUAUACAGAGGAAGAGAGGACACAGAUAGAGAGUUCAGAGGCUUACCAAGUGUUUCUUGAUCACUCAGUUCGUCUGAUGGAAAGAGCUUUAUCAGAGAAUGUGGAUAUCUUCAUGGAUUAUGAAGGGAAAGGAGAUGGAGAUGGAGAAGGAGACAAGGAUGCUGGUGCUAAGUUGUCUUUGAAUCGAUCCUUCUCUGAUGAACGCUGGUCGCGUCACAGGGUUGUCACAUGUCUGGAUUGGUCCAAUCAGUAUCCUGAGUUGUUGGUGGCUUCUUAUAAUAACAAUGAAGAGUCUCCACAUGAACCAGAUGGAGUAGCUCUGAUAUGGAACAUGAAAUACAAGAAGCAAACACCAGAGUAUAUCUUCCAUUGUCAGUCUGCAGUGAUGUCUGCUGGCUUUGCCAACUUUCAUCCUAACAUGGUGAUUGGAGGUACAUACUCUGGACAGAUUGUAUUAUGGGACAAUCGAAGCUCAAAGAGAACUCCUGUACAAAGAACUCCACUCUCUGCAGCUGCACACACACAUCCUGUGUACUGUGUGAAGGUGGUUGGAACUCAGAAUGCUCACAAUCUAAUCAGCAUCUCAACAGAUGGUAAGAUGUGCUCCUGGAGUCUGGACAUGCUCUCACAACCACAGGAUAGUAUGGAACUGAAACACAAGCAGUCCAAACCUGUAGCUGUUAUGAGCAUGACAUUCCCAAGCAAUGAUGUCAAUAAUUUUGUUGUUGGUAGUGAGGAUGGUUCAGUCUAUACAGCCAGUAGACAUGGCAGCAAAGCUGGUAUCAAUGAAGCAUAUGAAGCUCACCAGGGACCAGUGACUGGUAUUGACUGUCAUCAUGUCCCAGGACAACUAGAUUUCUCUCAUCUCUUCCUCUCAUCUUCCUUUGACUGGACAAUCAAACUAUGGAGUCUCAAGAAAUCGAGUCCAGUGUAUUCCUUUGAAGACAACAGUGACUAUGUUUAUGAUGUGCAAUGGUCUCCAACACACCCAGCCCUCUUUGCUGCCGUAGAUGGAAUGGGAAGAGUAGAUCUAUGGAAUCUCAACAAUGAUACAGAGGUUCCCACUGCCAGUGUGACUCUAGAUGGACAACCAGCUGGUAAUAGGGUCAAAUGGGGACAUCAAGGGAACCAGAUUGCUGUCGGAGAUGCUGAAGGCAAAAUAUGGAUAUACGAUGUGGGAGAGAGCCUGGCAAUGCCACGUAAUGAUGAAUGGCCCAAGUUUGUCCGUACUCUAGCUGAUAUUAGAGCAAAUACACAGACAGAGACCGAUGAAGAACCAGCAAGAUAAAUGUGAUAUUUAGAAUAUAUUGGUAAUUGCUCCACUUCAAAAGCCUAAGGCAUCAGUGUAAAAUAUUAGAUCUGGAUUGGCUGAAUGCAUGAUUCAUGUGAACUCUUGGUACAAGAAAGUGAUUAUUAAGCUAAGACACAAUUUCAUUCAUUCCAAGACCAUUGUAUAUACAUUAGAAAGUAGCAUGCUAUUAACCUCACAUUUAACAAUGAGGUAGAAUUGUUUAGAGACGAAUAUGCUGUUGAUCACUAAUAGCAUUUAAUUCUCUUUUUGCAGUAUGCAUGACUAAGUAAUACUAGAAGCAAACUGGAUGGUUUAUACAACAACCUCCAUAAUGUUGGUUAGUUAAAUUCAUGUAACUACUUAUUUAUUUUGUAUAUAAAAAUUUACACUAGAUAUUCCAAUAACACAUACAAAUAAUGUAUUUCGUUUGGGUUUGUUUGUCUUUAUCUUAGCAUUGUUCUAUAUUGUUUAAGACUAUAAAUAUAUUGAUGAAUUUAAAUUUCAUUUAUGAAAGUUUUGACAUUUCUUUGUAAAACAUACCAGAGAGACUGGUUUUCUUUGAACAAAUGAGAACAAAGUCAAUUGAUCCUUUUGGUGCUGUAAUUAUCUUAUCUACUUUCUACCUUGCUUUCUUUUCUUCACUUCUUAUUAUUACUUCAAGGCACUGGGACCUCUCUCCUCAUUUGUUUCCAAACAUCUAGACAUUGAUCUGUUACAUGAUAUCCACUUUUGAUUAAGACAGGAAUAAACUCUUUGAAGUUAGUGAUAUUAAAUCCCCUCAAAGAAAAUGUAUGAGAGAUGAAUUACAGCUCUUUUGUUAGAACCAAUUCUCCGUACCGCAUAUAGCUGAAAACAAGCCAACAUUAGUGGCAUUCUUUUUUUACUAGCGAAUUUGCCUGGAUUUUGCAAUCACAUGAACUUCCGGUCAAAAGACAGUAUUGGACUCACACUUCACCGUCAAUGACUAAGAAUGAUAAAAAGUAGUUAUGUGUAAAUCUCUAAUGAUUUAAAUUUAUUAAAAAUGUAGACCUUCUGUAUCUUUAAAUAUGUGACCCUGCUGUAUUACGGAGAUUCUUAAAAAUUACUGACAAUAGCGCACAAUCAUGGCUUGGGAAAAGAAGCCACUUGUGUUGCACUGUGUCAAUUUUUUUCCAAGGGUAUUUCUCCAAGCGCUGGUAUAUUAAUUUUAAAUAAAAAAUAUGCUUACUUCUUGUCUCUUUUUCAAAAUGUUGAACUAUCGAGCAAGAUUAAGAAUUACAAAUGAUUAAUUAUUAGCAUAUCGUAGUAUAGCAGAAUACUUGUUUUAGAAUCGCUGGAAGCUAGUGUGUCUACAAAAAUUGCCUAGGUAUCUGAGGCGCUAUUCAUUAUGGGAAUGUAUAUUGAUAUAUGCAGUAGCGAGAAUUAUGAAUGAACCCACAUAAAACAGUGAUUUAUUUAUGCAGCAGUGAGGAAAAAUAACUCCUGCUUUACAUAUAAUUUACUUGAUGUAAUUACUUACUACUUCAUAAUCUAAUAAAACUAUUGAAUUUAUCUAAGUUCACAAAUUGUAAAAGAAAGAACAUGAUAUUCUUGCCAAACCAUGACUAGCAGUACCGUAUAUAAUACAUGUGUUGACAGUUUGAGCUCUAUGAGGAACCUAACACAUUUAUCUUUUAUAAAAUGUACAUGUACAGCCAAAUGUUUAUUAUGUCAUGCUCUUUAGUUUUAUUUUAAGGAAUGAAAUGAGAGAAUUCUAUACAUUUAUGUUGUCCAUUUCUGGCUGACAAUAUUUAAUGUAAUACAAUACUGUGUCAUCAUAUGACAGAAAGUAUUCUAGGGGAGCUAUUCUGAUCAAUGAUUUUCACUUCUUAAAAUCAUCGAUCAGUAUGGCUGCUCUUAAAGUAUGGCAAUAGUAUAAUGUUCAAGCUUUAUCUUUGGAUAUAUACGCUGUACAUGUAUGAUCGUCUUGUUAUUGACAUUUAAUAAUGUAGAAGGGGCUAGCAGGUUUCCAACAUGAUAAAUCUGAUAGCUUUUAUGCAUGGACACAAAAUGGGUGUACAUUGUUAGGGAUAUUCUUACUUCAGUGAGAUUGAGUUAUUAGAAGUAUAACACUGGUAAUGUAACUGGUAAUGGAUAUGUGCUUGUAAGGGUAAUUAUAAAUGUUCAUUGUAAUCAUAAAGUGCAUGCAGACUUAAGAUUAAAAUCAUGCUUGGCAUUUAAAUUGUGUAAAAUGUUACAAUA